AAGACAAGCAUUGAAAAGGCCGGAUUAUACUUUAUAGUCAACGCAUACCGCGCACGUUAGCGGACUUGAUGGGAUAUGUCUUUGACACUACUACUUCCCUGCGCACCAUACCGCUCCGCCGCACCGCAACCACCGAACCAGAACCACCUCACCUCUUCAACUCAACUCCCUCCAACUAGGGUUUCGAUUUUCUCACUCUUCACCCUCUUCACCUUCCAUUUUCCCAAUCCCCGGUGAGCUUCAAUGCCUGCAAAUUUUGGCAUCAAUUUCCAAACCCGUUUAGUUUUUGAUCAAAUUCGGCGUAUUGGGUGUUCAAUUCAGCACACAAAAUCGGUUCUUGUUAUCAUUUGACUGCGGCUUGUGUUGUUAGUUAUGGCGCCUAGUCGCAGAAAGGGUGGGAAGAAAGCGGCGGCGGCAGCGGCUUGCCGGGAAUGGAAGGUUGGUGAUCUUGUGCUUGCGAAAGUCAAAGGGUUCCCUGCUUGGCCUGCCACGGUAAGUGAGCUGGCGAAGUGGGGUUACUCGACUGAUCGGAAGAAAGUGCUUGUUUACUUCUUUGGAACCCAACAGAUAGCUUUCUGCAACCCUGCCGAUAUUGUUGCAUUUACUGAAGAGAAGAAACAGUCUCUUGUCAAAUGUCGAGGAAGGGGUGCUGAUUUUGUCCGUGCAGUGAAGGAGAUCAUUGAAAGUUAUGAAAAACUAAAGAGAAAGACCCAAGUUGAUAAUAUUAGCUCUGGCGGUGAAGUUACUAACUUAAAUGUGUCAAAUCCACUUGAUCCAUCUACCAGCAUAGGGUUAAAGGAUGAGUUGGAUGCUGCUUUGAUAAUCAAUUCACAAAUGAAAUAUUCAAAUUCUGCAACUGACAGACCUGAACUAGUUUGUGCAGCUGAGCAUGACUCAGCUGUUGCAAUGAGAGAUGAAUCUAAUGAUAAGGAGGAUGUAGAGGAGCCUCCCGAUAACUCUGUUGCAACUGCGACUGUAAAAUCACCGCUGCCAGUAACACUGAGAAAUACACCAGCUCAAAGGUCUAGAAGCCCAUCACAGGUCCAAAACUUUGUUGUACCUUGUAGCGAUGGUGGAAGUAAUGGUGGCAACACAUCAUCUUAUGCAAUCCAGAAGGCAUCUAUAAGAAGGAACAAACAUAUUAGGAAAUCACCUGACCUUUUUGGCUGUAGCGGUAACAAUUCUGAUGUUAGCAUGGAGGAAAAUGGUUCUGAAAUUAUUACAACCAAUUCUGAUGCCUAUAGCUUACACGAGGGAAGUGUAAUAGAUUCUAAUUUAGAACUUGAGGUGGCUGAGACUGUUGAGUGCCCUGAUUGUGAAGUCGAGUUAAACAAAGGCCACCAUGAAACAAAGUCUGCCAUCAAUAAGAAGAAAAGAAAACCAAACAAGAGGGAAACUAAUGAUGCUGGUGCUCAGAAUGCCUGUCAAAAUUUGCAGAAUAUGUGUGGAAAUUCAAAAGAGAGAUGCUCUGACCAAGAUGGAGAUAAACACUUGCCCCUUUCGAAGCGAGCCAGAGUUAGAAUGGGUAAAUCAUCACCCACAGAGACAGAACAGAAUCACAUUGUGCAAGUUCAAGGGAAAAGCUGUAAGGAAGAUAUUAACUCAACACAGCAGAUAAUCACAUCCUCAAAUUGUGAAAAAGAUAGCCUUCCUAUUGAAGAUCCAGCAGCAUUUAAUGGAGCUUUGGUUGAUGUCCCUUCUACGUCAUUAGCUCCAUGUUCUGAAUAUAGAUCUCAAAUUUGUGAAGUUAAGAGAGAGCAAAUGUUUGGCUGCUCUAUGGACGAUGAGGCUGCUUUACCCCCAUCUAAACGCCUCCACCGUGCUUUAGAAGCUAUGUCUGCCAAUGCCACUGAAGAAGGUUAUGUUUGCAUGGAGCCAUCAUCCUCUAUAAUGACAUCAAGUGGUGGAUUCUGCAUAUCUGCCACAAAAAGAUGUCCUUGUACGACCAUUAAUAAUAAAGGAAGUAGUGAUCUAGAACUGCAAGGGCUGAAUUCUUGGGGCGUUGAUUGUUCCAAUAUCAGUGUGUGUUGUUUCUCAGCUCAUUCAAAUCCAAUGAUUUUAACAGAGAAAAAGUUAUCUGCGGAAGUGGAUAAGCUGUUAACCAAGAUACAACAACAUGAAACUGGCAAGGAUGUCAUCCCUGGUGCUAGAGACCAAGUUGGUGAAGAACUUAGUGACUCUAUGGUUUUCCAGCCUGCUAAAAUAGAUUCACAAGUUCCAAUACAAGGAAAAGUUUCUCCUAAUUUUGAUGUGAAAUUUUGUAAAGUUGGAAGCAAUCAAGAUUCACCAGGUCCUUCACUGCCACCAAAUAAUGAUGAUAAUAUCAGGCCUGGGAACCAUUCAGAUGCAUCUGAUACAUUAGAUCAUGGUGGAAUAAGUCUUGAUCCUGUUGCAGGUGCCAAUGAAAGUUGUAAGUUAUUACCUCAAAAUAGUAUUAACGCGCAUCACAAUGUGAUAGCUGUUUGUGAGGAUGAGAAGCGAGCAGCUGGUGCCUGGAGUAAAAUUAAUGACAUGCAAGAUGCUGUGAAAGUGGUCAAUUUUAAUGAACAAGAGAAGGAUAGGAAUUCUGUUUCAAUAUCCAAUGAUUGUUCAGAUGGAAAGGGUAAUUUGGGCAGUCUGUCAAGCCCAUCCUUGACUAGUGGGGGAGAUUGCCAUCUACAAGGUUCACCUCCUAAUACAUCAGUUUGCUAUAUUUCUACAUCAGACAGUAGUAAUAUCCUUCAAAAUGGAAGUUGUAGCCCUGAUGUACACCAGAACAACAUUUUCUGUUGUCCUAUUGAUGACUGGAAAGAUGGGACUGUGGCAAAUCAACAAUCAAGAUCUGUAGGCAAGUCAACUGAAGCAGGACAUGCUGCUUUGCUGUACUUUGGAGCAAUGCUUGGGACAUUGACAAGGACAAAAGAAAGUAUUGGUCGAGCAACACGCAUAGCUAUUGAUUGUGCGAAGUUUGGUAUAGCAACUAAGGUGGUGGAAAUUCUCGUCCACAAUUUGGAAACUGAGUCAAGCCUGCAUCGAAGGGUGGAUCUGUUUUUUCUUGUUGACUCUAUUGUUCAAUGCUCUCGAAAACUGAAAGGAGAUGUUGGUGGAGUAUAUCCAUCUGCUCUUCAAGCAGUCCUGCCACGGCUAUUGUCUGCUGCUGCUCCUCCUGGAAAUAUUGCACAAGAAAAUCGGAGGCAGUGUCUUAAGGUUUUAAAGCUGUGGUUGAAGAGAAGAAUCCUACCAGAACCCACUAUUCGCCGUCAUAUCCAGAAACUGGACUCAUAUAACAGUUUGGCUUUCGCAGGUGCCUUUUCACGACGUUCAUUAAGAACAGAGAGAGCUUUUGAUGACCCUGUUAGGGAAAUGGAGGGUAUGCUUGUUGAUGAAUAUGGAAGUAAUUCAAGCUUUCAACUACCUGGAUUUUAUAUGCCCCGAAUGCUUGAAGAAGAAGGUAGUGAUUCUGAUGGAGGGAACUUCGAGGCCGUCACGCCUGAGCAUGAUUCUGAAACACAUGAAGUGCAAGAAAAGGUUCAUGCAAUUGAAAAGCACAAGCAUGUGUUGGAAGAUGUUGAUGGUGAGCUUGAAAUGGAAGAUGUAGCUCCCUCUUCUGAUGUUGAAUUUACUACAAUUUGUAAUGUUGAUCAAGGAAAUUCCAUGCAGUUAGAGAAGAAUCUUCCUCUUUCCUGUGUUCCUUCUUUACUACAGGAUGUGUCGUCAUUUCCCCCUCCUCCAUCUUCAUCCCUUCCACCACCACCACCACCCCCACCGCCACCAACAGUGCACCCAAUGUUAGCUACUUCUAAUCAAUAUCACACUACAGUUGAUUCAAAAGUUUUUGCAGAUUCACAGACCGUGAAAGAUAACACACUCCAUUCUACUCAGCCCCUGGCUGCACCAAGAAAUAUAGAGAUAUGUAGAGACAUGCUGAUGCAGAUACCCAAGUCUACUUGCUCUUUCAACACUUACCCUGUACAACCACCAGACAAUUCCAGGAGUUCUGAUGGCGUUAUGCAUAAUAAAGGUUACUCCUUACAGCCACCUCACCAUGUGCCAUCCAAUCAGUUUUCUUUUGUUCAUGUGGAACAUCAUGUUAAGUCUCAGAGGGAGGUUCCUCCACCCCCUUCAUACUCCAAUGCAGGCCACUUUACGAAGAACAUGAAGAGAGAGAAUAACUGCAACAAUCACGAGAGACUAAAACCACCUCCCUGUGAUUACCAAGAGAGUUGGAAUUUUCCUGCACCUUAUUCUGGUGCGCUGGCCCCUUAUGGUUGUCAUCCAAGUGAAUCAACUAGAUUAUCAGGUCAUGGGUGGAGAUUUCCGCCCCCGUCAGUGAAUUAUAGGGACUCCAUGCCUUUCAGACCCCGCUUUGAAGAUGCAAUUCCAGUGACAAACCGAGUUGUUUCAGGCCCAAGCUUUUGGCAGCCAAGGUGAACAUAAAUUACCUAGAAAUGAUGGCUGACAUGCUCCUGUCUAUGAGUCUAUCCGCAGGCCUUGUUAGCUAUUCUUCAACAAUUAGUAUCGUUACUUGCAUAGUUACAUUUCACUCAUUCAAUGUUAGACAUGACCCACAUUGGGCCUUUCCUUUGUUUAGGAAAGAUGAUUUUUGUUCCAUGUUUCUUUAUUCUGUACAUGCAAGAAAGUAUCCUGGGGAGUUCGCAGAGUUUACACAGGAUGUUGGAGGUCAUAAUCUGCUAGAUUUGUACAUAUGUAUUGUUUCUUCUGCAGAAUGUAGAGCAGGAAGGAGUCAUUGUAAAGUUGUUGGAGAGCUGUAAUUUAACUAGGUUGUCAUUGCCAUGUAUCAAAAUUGGAAGCCCUUGUAGAUUUUUGGACCAAAAUACGUAUAAAAGUUUUUCUGGAGCUGUUUCUUGGAA